GUGAUAUCGCAUUGAUUGUUAGAGAUCUCGCUAGUUUCUAUUAAUACUUUGUAUUUUCUUGAUUUAUCUCUUAGUGAUGAUGACGACUCUGAGAAUGAGUCGGCACUUGAAAUUCAGCCAUACUUGAUGGAAGAAAAAUUGUCGAAGCACUUGAUAAUCACUUGACUGCUAUCCAAAGGGACCAUGAACUCAGGUCCCAGAUAGAAGAAAGGAAAAUAAGAAGUGAUGCGGCUUAUGAAGGGGCCAAAAGAAAAGAGAAAGUUCUCCUGGAAGAAAAACUCCGCCAAGAAAAAGCCAAAGCAGAAGCUGAGGCAAAACUCAGAGCUGAAGAAGCAAAUAGGGCUGCAAUGGAAGCUCAGAGAAGAGAAGCAAAAGAGGCUGCUGAAAGGGAGGCCAAUGAAGCGUCAAGCCAGGCUGCUGUUCAGAAGGAAGCUUUAGGAUUGCAAACUAAAGCCAAAACCAAGGAAUCUGAAUUUGAAAAACCAAUAAAUUCAGCAUCAGCAGGUGACAUUACUAAAGCUGCAGAAGCUGCACUAAAGUUGGAGCGUGAAAGAUUAAAAAAGUUGGAAGACUUGGAUGAAGGAAACAAGGCAUUAGGAUUGAAUGUAAAUAAGGAGGUUUCUACUGGUGUGAAAAAGUUAUUGAGGGAAUCGUCUGGCCAGUACAUCGACUUCAGUAUUCUUUCCUCUUUAAAUUCUCAGGUAAAUCAUGUAACUUACUAUUUGUUUAGUAGGAUAUAUAUAUAUUUAAUAAGAGCUAAUAAUUUCAUUAAUGCAACAUGGAUGACUAUAGCUGCCACUUUAAUAAGUUCUAAUUUUCCAGUUUUAUCAGAUACUAUAUUGUGUGUAGAUGUGACUGGAGCUUACAGUGCUCUAAAGACGGAGCUUAACAUAAGCUUGACAGCAAUAGGCCUUUUGUGGACUACAACUGGCUUUAUUGCAAAGAGGAUUACACAUGGACCUGUGGAAGAAAGGGAAACAGGUAUAUGA